UGGAAAAACUGGUAGGGCAGUUGUACUAUACUUGCCCUUUCUUUCAAAGAUUCCCAACUCUCUUUGGUCUCUUUUUCUCUCUUCUUCCCCCCAUCAAGAUUACUAAUACCAUUCUUAUCUUCUUCCUCAUUUAGCUUACACAUUUAUUAAACUCCCAAAAUUAAUACUCUUGUGGGUAUUUAACCAUAUUAUUAUUUGCUUGUGAAAUUUUUAUUAUGGCCACAAGUCCAAAUAUGGCUGCUAUAACAGCUUCUUUAGAGAGAUCUCUCCAAAAUUGUUCUUUGAAUAAUAACAAUCGUCGGGGCAGCACCGCCAGUAACGUUACUGGCGGUGCUGCCCCAGGCGAUGGGUUUUCCGAUUCGUCGGAAAAUCAUCAUGCCUUCGACACCAAUCCCUCAAGUGAUGCUACCUUAGACCUUAAUUCUGAGGUUUCUCUUCCUUACCAUUGGGAACAAUGUCUUGAUUUGAAGACAGGGGAAAUUUACUAUAUAAACUGGAGGACAGGGAUGAAAGCGAAGGAAGAUCCAAGAGCAAAUGUUGAAGCAUAUGGUGAAAAUAAUUUGUACUCAGAAGAUGAAGAUGAUAACUCAUAUUACAGUGAAGGAUCUUCUUCAGAAGAAUCGUCAUUUUCAUCUUCAAGAGAACAACCACAAAUUAGUACAAGUGGAAAAAGUGUUGCACCAGUACUAGUUGUGGGUGGUUGCAAGAGCUGUUUGAUGUAUUUCAUGGUGCCAAAAGAAGUUGAAGAUUGUCCUAAAUGUUGUGGUCAACUUCUUCACUUCGAUCAAAAUUGAGCAAAAAAAAAAAAAAAAGAAGAAAACAAGAAAGAUGAUGAACAUGAGAUAUCAUUUUUCUUAAUUUUCUCCUAUUUGUUUUGUCUUUUCAUUUUUAUUAAUAAAGGUUUGCUUGGGUCUUAUCAUAUAAACUAUGGAAUAGUUGUUCAUGUGCUUUUUCCUAAGGAAAGGCAAAACAACCAUCAUUUUAAAAAAUAUUAAUCGGUGUAUUCUGUUGGA